GACACGGUAAUAAUCGCUAAGGACAAUAUAUAAAAACAUUCCGGAAUGUCAAAAACGAAUAACUGAUCCAUCAAAUACGAACGUGUCGCGUGAAAGUCGGUGGUAUAGGGAUUUUUCACCUACAUGGCUCGGAGCUUGCGUGGCAGUUUCGUGGAAAACGAAAGCGACAGUUUUGGCGCGUGUGUUCGGUGUAUUCUUAAAGACUUGGAGUGGCCCAUGGAUCCAUCAUUUUUCUCAUACGUUUAUCGUUUAAACGAUCGCGACAUACGAUCCCGGAAAAGUGCAACGCCGAAUGUUACCCGAGGAACAUCAACCUCCAAGGCACGUAAACAAACAUCGGUGUGAAAUCCAGAGGGUCGUUGUCGUCUCGAUAGAUGAGGUAAAUUGUCGAAGCUGUGGCUAAAAUCCAGUAUCGUGGAAAAAGAUUAAAAGGUGAGAGAGCCUAGGAACUUUUUGGAUAUCCGCGAUAGCUGGCGGCGCGGUGGUUACGGAGUAAAGCAAAGUGACGGUUUUGGCGCGCGUACUGGACUCCCGUGUGCGACCGGCAGAUGGCCGGUGCGCCGGUACAUUAUAGGCGCGCGUCCACGAACACACCGACACAUGACAGGCGCCUAAGCAGCUACUACCACUGUCACAGAGACGCGUUCACGAAUAAACCGACACAGUGUAAAAGGCCACCACUACGUUGACAGUGGGUUACUGUGAGAGAGCGCAGCAGAUCGCACGGACACGCGGUUCGGUGUUACUACUACCGGCACAGGCGGGUCUAUCUGCCUCGUAGCCCGAGCCAGUUGCCAGCGCGCCAGCCAGCCCUGUCCAUCCAAUCGCCCAGCUCACGAGCCGGCCUCGUGUGCGCGCGCGACACCCCGACAGAAAAGGUUCGUUUUCCUCGCCGGUGACUCGACCGAUCAUGUCGAGGCGGGGCUUAUCGUGAACUUUAGAGUCUCCACAUUCCCUGGAACCUGAAAACACGACGAUCGGUCGAACGGCUCGGCGCCUGCACUCGAUUAUUUCGGGCCCUCGGUCCGCCUGGCUGUCGCUCCUAUUGCCGAGAUCGGCCCCGCAGAAAAUGGACACCGCACCAGUGCGGUAGAGAGACAGAGCGAAACAGAUAUAUAGAAAAGAGCAAGAGAGGGAAAGGGACAGAGAAAGAAAUAAAGGCCACGCAACUGCUACGACUACGACGAGGUCGACCGACAACGGGUACAAGCUGAAAACGAAGGACGGAGGGAGAGAAACGCGAGAGGGCGAGGGAGUAAUCGUAUGUACAAAGUGUGUGUAUGAUAUACCGAAGAAAAAAGCAAGCGAAACGUUCGUGUACGUUGGCCUCGGGAGACCGGGUUAACUCUCGUCAUCCCGGGCACGUUUGUCCGUCCUGUCAUCGACAGGCCUCAGUGAAAAUUGCAUCUAGAGCCAUCGACACCACGACAACAACGAACACGACCACGACGGCGACGUAUUUGCAAUCGACGAGGCAAGGAUAUGCCUCGCUCGUCGGUGCUGUGACACGCGCCGCGCCGUGUGCUGGCUGAACCUCCCGGAAGAGAGCGUGGGCCUCCGUCUCAAAAUACUGUGCGGUUUGUACCGCACUGCUCAAGAGCCAAGUUCUUAUAAACUAUAAAAAUGCCUCGAGUAAGGAGACAGGUGGUCUUGGAAGAUCCUGCCAGGCCUGUUACACCAGACAUGGUAGAGACCAAAUUAAUAAAAACAGAAUUUUUGGAUGAUGGCUCUUUGGAUGAAGUACAAACACAAAAGGUGGCUGAAGAGACACCGAGUCCUCAUCUUCAAGACCAUCAGUAUGGACAAACACCUUGUUAUCAAGUAACAAGGAAACCAACACAACCACCACCACGAACUGAACAAAUAUCAGUUCAGGCAGUAAAACGAAGACUGAAUUUGGAAAUGGGAACAACAGGACCCAGCCAAUCCUCUUUUAAGGCUCCUAGAGGUAAACGUAGGAGAUCUGGAUCAAGUUCUAUAACUGGCCACACACCUACCAAAAGUAAAACAGUAGAGCGAACGCGGUAUGAUACAUCACUGAGCUUACUUACAAAAAAGUUCAUACACUUAGUCGAAAGCAGUCAGGAUGGUGUUGUAGAUUUGAAUGUAGCAUCUGAAAAAUUGGAAGUACAGAAACGUCGUAUAUAUGACAUUACAAAUGUGUUGGAAGGCAUAGGUAUAUUGGAGAAGAAAAGUAAAAACAACAUCCAAUGGAAAGGCGGUCAGUUACCAAAUGAUAGAAAUGACAUUGCUGAUCUCAGAAAAGAAGUAGCGGAUCUAGAAGCUAAGGAAAACACUUUAGAUCGGUUAAUUCACGGUGCAGAUAAAAACCUUAGGGAGCUCUGCGCAGACAGACAAUACGCUUAUGUAACGUACCACGAUUUACGUUCUGUCCCAAUGUACAAAGACCAGGCUAUAAUGGCAGUAAAGGCUCCGCCAGAAGCCACUCUUCAUGUUCCACAGCCUAUCAACAAUCUUGGUCAACAAAAGCUUCAAAUGCACAUGAGGUCGUCUCAUGGAGAAAUAGAGGUGUUCCUCUGUCCUGAUGACCCUACAGUUAAAACGUCUCCUAAUUCAGGAUACACGACGACGCAACCUGUGCCUUCGUCAAACGAAACCGAUUUACCUUGUCUGCCUACUGAGCUGUUGGCCAAUGGAGGAAGUGGGGUUCGGGUCGAACCAGUACCUUCUGUUGAGAGUUCGUUGAAUACCCGUUUGUCUACAACUCCAGUUAUUUCUUCGGUUACCAGUUUAGCAGGGAUGAGGGACGCGCUUUUGUGCGAGUCCGAUGAUUAUGGACCAAUGGGUGGCGGCAAAUUCCAACUCCAAACGGAGGAUCAAAUUAGCACUUCAGAUCUAAGUAUUCUCGAUUUUGGAGAACACCUGCUGUCCUUGGAACCACCUCUUUCCGAAAACGACUAUUCGUUCUCGUUAGGCACGGAGGAAGGGCUUUCGGAUCUCUUUGAUUUCAAAUUCUAAAAAUAUCAUCCUUAUCAUCGUCAUCGUGACAGCACUUUUGUCUUUUUGGACUAUCACUCUCUGAGUUCGCCUCCCCAGUAUUCGAACGGAUAGAGGAUAAUUUGUUGUUUCUGUGAUUACGCUUUCAAAUCACACGUAUCCCAAUUGGCAAUUUUCGUUUCACAUUGUACUCGUUUAGAAUGAGAAAGUAUAGCAACUCGUAGUAUCGUUUUGGUCUGUUGUUCAUUAGGAUAGUGAAGUUCGUAUCGAUGCCGUAUGAACAGGAUGAUCGCGAAUAUCUUCAGUUUCAAACACAAUCAAAUUUGCAACAAUGAAAACCGAUAUCCCGGCUUAGUAAAAUGAUUUUGCUGUUUAGCUCUAUUGGAGAAUACGCGGAUGUAAAUACGAAGUAUAGAUAGGAUUUUGUGAUUUGUAAUGAUUCGCGUAACGAUUUAAUACCGAAUAGUAUUUUGUCGAGAAUAUCUUACGUUGAAGUGUUUUAACCGCGACUCGUGCUAUGCGUAAAACAUUUGUAAAUCAUCAGCAUAAAGUAUCAUGUCGGAUCCCUUUCAAAAUUCGACCUCUGCAGAUGAAAAGACGCGCCGCAAAGCAGAGGGGAAACAUAUCACGCGCAACUGUUUACGCGGUGCUCUCGUGUAUUUCUCGUCUUGAUACGGUCGAGACCGAUUAAGCUUCUGGAAUAAGUUGUAAAGCUGCCUGGCAAAGCAAAGCCAUUUUUCUGUGCAAUGUGUAAUAAUAUUGUAAAUGAAAUAAGAGUAAAACGAGGGUGAGAAUGUAUUUGGAAUUUCAAAGAGAAGAGAGACUGGACUCGUGUCGAACACCAAGCUACGAAGAUAUUUCGUAGUUGUUGAAUUGUAAAAUUAAUUGAACCGGUAGCGCGCGGAAUCAUUCAUCAAAAUGUCCCUCCUAGUGUAAUGUUUCUAUUCACGUGAUAAUUAAAAAGAACAAAAAAUGAACGUUCUCGUUCCGGACGGUCGUCUUCUCUUAUCACUUGGACUGAAUUGUUUUUUCUAAAUCGUGUUUGAAGCAGAAGACCGCCGUCCGAAAGAAUCCAUUAUAAAUUUAUUGAAAGCAGUCGAUGCAUAGUAGCUUGUCGAUGAAUCGUUUGUAAAAACAAAAAAGAAGAAAUAAUGGCAGGAAGGCAUAGUUUUUAUUCUAUAUACUUUUGUAAUUGGUCGAGUUUUCCGAUAACGAUAAUUCGUGCGGUUCGACGAUGCAUGAAUUAUAAUUAAAUUUAUCUGUCGAUGCGGGCGAGGAAAAAUAAUUCUGGCAGAUUUGUCAUCCUACACUGACUCCAUAGUAUCAGUCUUGCUACGUACAUCGUGUUGAUUAGCUUCCUCGAUAAUGGUCGCGAACAAUGGAGACGAACUCAAGCGUACAGAAAGAGAACAGGAAAUCUUAGGCUGUAUCGUCGCAUAUAAACGCAUAUUUAAUUCUAAUUGUAACGAUAAAUGUCUAAGAUUCAUUCAGGAUACAGUACUAUUCUGGACCUGAUUUAAGGGGUUUCUCAAUAGAGAAUUUCUACGCCAGUGCAACUUGUUUUCCGCCGCGUAAACACGGCGUGGAAAAUUUCUUGUCUUAACAUAUGCAAGGCAACCUAAAUACUGUUCAAUGUUCCUGAAGGAUUCAAGAAUGCACUGGAGAGAAUUGUCUUAACUGGAAGUCUCUUAAGGAUGUACCCUAACGUACAACUUAGUGUACGUCCGAAGCCAUAGUGCCUACACAAUAAUGAUCACACCCUUCUGCAACUGUAAAUAAUACAAAUAUAUAUACAUAUAUACAAAUAAGAACGUGACGACCCCGACGGAAAAGAACAGAGAUGCUGCAGACACCUCAUUAAUGGUUAUCACGCGAUAUCGAUUAGUUAGUUUUAAUUAUUAUUAAUAUUAUUAUUGAAGCAUUACACGAGAGAAUGUUAGGUUAUAAAUUUACUUAUUGUAUACAUAUAUAUACGUAUAUAUGUAUAUGUAAUAAGUACAUACAUUUUAUAGUCAAACGAAUGUUGUGCAGAAUAAUGUGAAUGUUAAUUACUUAAUAUGUACAUGUACAAAGGAGACUAGGGGAUUAUUUUUAAACGAAUAUAGAAGGUAUAGAGGUGAAAUCAAUGAACAAAGCGUUUUGUCGCUUUAAUGUUUGCAUCGUCACAGUAUAUAUUUAUUUAAGAGAAUAUUAUUUACUCUAUCAAAAGAACGUCGUACAAUCUUCAAUGUCUGUUCAUGGAACAUAUAGAGUUUCUUCGAUUUACUCUUAACAGAUCUCAGCAUAAUUCACCCUUCUAUCGUUCACGAACUUGCAAACGGUUAUUCUGCACAAUAUUCAUGCAAUACCUAUCUGCAACAGAGAGGAUUGUACUAGUUUUGUUUUCGUUUGCAAUUACUGGUGACAUCGCGCUUUUUUCAUAUGCAUCGUGCAACGAGAGGGGAAGCAAAGAGAGGAACAGAAUGCGUGGAACGUGUAUGAGUGGUAUAAUGAAUGAUAUUAAUGAUUGUCGAACGUUAAUGGUCGGUGAUUUUAGUCACGGACACCAGUGAGAAGUUACAAUAUUUUCUACCUGAAUCUUACAAAGGACCUUACAAAGUCUGAAUACGUAGAUUUUUAAUUAUGUAGUAAUCGAUUAAUUUUGAAGUCUGUUGGAAAAGUGUGAUAACACAUCGAACAGUAACGACACGAGAACUGCGUUUUCCACCGUUUUCAGACUUUGCAAGAUCUUUUUAUAAUAACUUAUCAUGAUGAUGGCAGUCCAUCGUUUCAUUUUUAACCUGAUAUUCGUGAAACUCUAUCCACCUCUGACAGUCCGUCGAAUAAGUGGUACUUUUCGUACUUUUUUUUCGUUUCACAGGAUUUUUCUAAUCUUUACUUCGCAUGACUAUGUGAAAAAAUUGAAUGUGAAUUAUUAUUUCUGAUAACAAAAUAGUGAUCCGUGAUUAUUUGAAUAAACGAUGAAAAAUGCGUUUCACAGAUACGUCAAUAUUCUCUGACACUAAUUCUAAAUGUAGCCAGCGAUUCUGUUAGAGUACCACUGUUCAAAUUUAUUUGAGACUGUUCAAAACCAUGAUAAAAAGGGAAAAUUGAUUCCGAUCAAUUGUCUUAACAAAAAUUGAGUGAUGUAUGUACCAAUACGACGAACGAAAAUUUUGUCACAUUUUACGGGUACGACCCGCCGAAAGAACAUCGUAAAAAAAAAAGAAGAGAAAGUUACAAAAUAUAACCUUGUGUAACGUCAUAGGGAAAUGUGACGUUUUUAAUUUUCCAUAACCUUCGUCUUUGCUUAUUUUGUAAAUUUUAUAAAAGUUAAAAGUAACGGGAUAUACUCGUUCAAGAUAAUAGUUGGUUAUACGACGAUAGACAACCAAUAUUCGAUUUGAUUUAAAAUUGUUUAUACAUUUUCGAAAUGUCUAAAUCAAACUAAUGAAUACUUAAGUGUACGCAGAAGAGAUAUUUUUUAUGCACGUUUAACGUAUAUAACGGGAUGAAAAAAUAAAUCGCAGAAACUUAAUUUCAAUUAUUGUGUUGAUACAUAGCAGCAGAUUAUUGAGUACUAUGAAUAUACCUAAAGUAAUUCUUAAUUUUUACGUAGAAUUUUAAUAUUUGAUUCUAAUUAGAAAUCGAUAAUCGAAUGUUCAGGAAUGUAUAAAAACUUGAUUAUUGUGAUAAUUUAAAAGCUACAUAUUCAUCUGUUACCUAACGAAGCGCGCAUGCGCAACGUUUGUGUACUGCUUAUCUUGGCGCUGUCGUUGACCGCUAAGCCAUUCGCGCGUCGUCUGUGGAAGAGGUCAGAUCGCGUCGCGUACUCCGUAAAUUUUGAUGUUUUAUUUACGUAACGGUGUUAUAUACAAAAAUAAAGUUUAAAUAUAAAAUGUGUACACCCAUAUUACUAUCAUUCAUUUUCAUAAAUGUCCGUUAUAGUUAUAUUAUCUUAUAACCAACAAUGGUAUUAUCAAUUAUGGAUUUUGCUUUAAAUGAAAAUGAACUGAUAUUCACAUUGUUAUUCUCGUUCUAACGAUUAUCUGUAUUUACUGUGAAUGAUAUUAUUUAAA